AUGCUCGGCUGGUAUCAAGCACGACUUGCGGCCCGCCCGCUGCUCACCCAGAGCAUCACCACCGCCAUCCUCUUCGCCACUGGUGACCUGACCGCUCAGCAGCUCGUCGAGAAGCGCGGCCUCGAGAAGCAUGAGUGGGCUCGCACCGGCCGCAUGGCCCUCUACGGCGGAAGGCAAACCCUUUGGAUGAGCAAGCCUAUGCUGACUUCACCAGCCGUCUUCGGCCCCGCCGCCACAACCUGGUUCAAGUUCCUCCAGAACAACGUCGUCCUCCGCAACAAGAACCUCGAGAUCCUCGCCCGCGUCGGUGUCGAUCAGGGCGUCUUCGCCCCGGUGAUGAUCGGCGUUUUCCUGUCCUCCAUGGCCGUCCUCGAGGGCGUCCCUCCCCAGGAGAAGCUCGAGAAGAGCUACACGACGGCGCUCACCUCCAACUACAUGCUCUGGCCCUUUGUGCAGAUGGUCAACUUCAAGCUGGUCCCUCUCCACCACCGGGUCCUGUUCGUCAACGUCAUCAGCAUCGGGUGGAACUCGUAUCUCAGUUUCUUGAACAGUCAGAAAUAG